AUGAUUUUCGUCUCACGGAUGAUUAGGCGGCUUCCAGUCAGGCUUCUACCUGAUUCUUCAAUCUACUACAACCCAAGGAUAUGUAGACAAUAUUCCAAAGGAUUUUUACAAAGUUUGAUUGAGAAAGUAAAGGAAGAAACAAGCAAAGACGCCGAGUUAAAAGAAAAUAUAAGGAAGUUUCGAGAGGAAACUGCGAAGUUGGAGCAAACGAAAGAAUUGAAAUCUGUCCGGGAAUUCUAUAAAAAAAUUGAAAAAGAAAUGCCUACUGAUACUGUCGAAAAAGUAAGGGAUACAAUAAAAUCUGUUAAAAGCAAAAUCCGCGAAGAUGCACAACAACUUGCUCGAAGCGAGACCUUAAGAAAGAGCAUGGAAACUCUGUCGAAAGCUGGGGAACAUGUUAAGGAUGCCACUAAAUCACUAAGUGAAACAGAGUUUGUCAAAACGGCCAUUAAGGGUGUUGAAGUAGUUGAGCAAGAACUGCAGUCAGACAGAUCUAAGAUGUACCAAGCUCCAAGUGUCUUAAAGACAAGAAACGAAAUUGCUGGAAAAAGUGAAGAAAGAAUAGUACAGCCUGACAGUGAAACUUCAGGUGUUGUUGUGCAUAAAGAUUCAAAAUGGGUUUCUGCAUGGCAGGACUUCAAAGAAAAUAAUCAGUAUGUUCAAAGAUUUUUCGAUUUGAAAGCGCAUUACGAAGAAAGUGAUCAUUUAGUCGUUCGAUCAUUACGAUUUGUAACUGAUAGAAUCUCAGGUUUAUUCAGUGGUCUUAAAUCAACAAAUGAACUACAACUAGUGUUGGAUGAAAUUACAAAGUUGGAUCCAACUUUUACCUUGGAAUCGUUUAUUCGUCACUGUCGAUUCGUUAUUAUACCAAAUGUACUAGAGGCUAUUGUCAGAGUGGAUUUAAACAUUCUUAAGGAUUGGUGCUAUGAAGCGCCUUACAAUGUUCUUGCACAGCCAUUAAAACAAAUUCAACAACUUGGCUGCAUAUCUGAAUCCCGCAUACUGGAUAUACAUAAUGUUGAUGUUCAAAUGGGUAAAAUGAUGGAACAGGGACCAGUAUUGGUUAUCACAUUCCAAGCUCAACAGAUCAAUUGUAUUCGCGAUAAAAGCGGUACUGUACGUGAAGGUGAUCCACAUAAGGUGUUACGUGUAACGCAUGUUUGGGCAUUGUGUCGAGAUCAAAGUGAACUGCAUCCUUUAGCAGCAUGGCGUUUACUAGAUAUUGCUAUGAUUCCAUCUGAACAAUGGGUGUAA